AUGGAGAGCAAAAGUCAACUACAAGUUUCAAAUUCAGGUCAACAGAGUGGAGGAUCCACCUUUUUAGAAACUUGUUUCAAUGGACUCAACUCCUUAUUAGGUGUUGGGAUACUCUCAAUUUCGUAUGCAGUUUCUCAAGGAGGGUGGUUGAGUUUUAUACUGCUAUUUAUUUUUGCUAUGAUGUGCUGGUACACAGCGUUACUUCUGCAAAGGUGUAUGGAUGGAAAUCCACAAAUAAAAUCCUACCCUGAUAUAGGUCAGGUAGCAUUUGGGUACAAAGGAAGAGCUGUGGUAGCCAGUAUAAUAUAUAUGGAGCUGUUUUUAAUUGCCGUGGAGCUUCUGAUAUUAGAAGGUGACAAUUUGGAGAAGUUGUUUCCAAGCGUGAACUUCACAAUUGCAGGCCUUAGAAUUGGAGGUAAAAGAGGUUUUAUCAUGCUUUCUGCUUUGGUAAUAUUACCAACAACUUGGUUGAGAAGCUUGGGAGUUUUGGCCUACAUUUCUGUUGGUGGGGUACUGGCUUCUAUUAUUUUACUUGGUUGUGUUGUGUGGGUGGGUGAAGUUGAUAGUGUGGGGUUUCAUGAAAGAGGACACUUUGUAAAUUGGGGUGGAAUGCCUACUGCUUUGAGCAUUUUUUCGUUCUGCUUUUGUGUGCAUGCAGUACUUCCCACACUAAUCAAUUCUAUGAAAGAUAGAAGUCAGUCUUUCAAGGUUAUGCUGGUUUGCUUUGUGGCAGGCACCAUAGUCUAUGGAUCCAUCGCUAUUGUAGGCUACAUGAUGUUCGGAGAAUGUUUGAUGUCUCAAAUAACGUUAAAUCUACCGACAGGAAAAAAAAGUACAAAAAUAGCAAUUUAUACUGCAAUAAUCUAUCCUUUGACUAGGUAUGCUGUUAUAAUCACCCCAAUAGCCAAUGCUAUUGAGGGCAAAUCGCUUCUCUGCAAGAGCAGGCCUAUUGCCAUCCUCAUUAGAACCAUCAUCGUGGUCAGCACUGUGCUUAUGGCGUUAUUCAUUCCCUUUUUUGGUUACAUUAUGGCGCUUAUUGGUGCAUUCUUGGAUGUGGCAAUCUCAUUGUUGUUCCCAUGCCUCUGCUACCUAAAGAUAAACAAAGAUGCUCGGCGAUUUGGGUUUGAGCUGAUCGUUAUCGUAGGAAUUCUGCUAAUAGGAUCAUUCAUUGGGAUACUGGGUACCUACAUCUCUCUGAGGCAGAUAGGGAGAGCACUUAAUUGGCUGGAAUUGCAACAUGCUGAUAGCAUCUCUACGUGGGAAGAAUUAGUUGAGAAAUUCCAAAAGAAGUUUUUCCCACUCUCUCAAUUCUCAGAGUUGAAGGAACAGAUUGGCAACUUGAAGCAGCUCGAGGGAGAAUCCCUAUCUAGAGGUAGUAUCGGAGAAAUUACUCCACCUAGAGCUGUUGAGUUAAUUGAAAAGAUGACAUCUGAAGAUAACGAGGUCACACCAGUUCAACCUAAGCGAGGAAUUAUGCAGCUAGAAGGAUAG